UCUAAGAGAAACAACCUAAACCUAGCCCAAAGUGUUCUACUUCAUCAUUUACAGGAAGACUUGUGUUGAUCAUUCAAGAGCGUACCUUGAAGGACUUCUAAUCUUGACUUUUUCCCCCACAAAUUUUCCUGGAGCUGAAAUACCCAGUCAACACGUUGUUUGCCCAGACUUCCAAUCUGCAGACACUUUGGGGUUGGUGGAAGGAGAAACUCUCUACCCAAAAGAGUUUGCUAUAGGACCCAAGGAGCCAAGGAAGUGUGAUGGGGGCCAAGCAUUCCAGUGACUCCAAGAAUAAGGACCCCAAGGGAAUAUUGCUGGCCAAGAAGAGACAGAAGUUUUCUCAAUGGGAUGAUGUCCUUUUGGGGAAGGACCCAAGGUCACUGCUGAAGAGGGGCAUGAGACAUAUCAGCUUUAGUUUGGUCACCAAGGGAAUGACUGACAUUCCCGACUUUCUGUGGGGGCUGUCUGAGAUCCAAAAGCUGAAUUUGUCCCAUAACCAGCUCAUGGUGGUCCCAGCAGAGGUGGGGAAACUGACGAGGAUUGUGGUGCUGAAUCUGUGUGGGAAUCGAAUAAAGAGCCUGCCCAGGGAAAUUGGGCUACUCAGGAACAUGAAAGUGCUGUUUGUAAAUAUGAAUUGCCUGACAGAGAUGCCACCGGAGCUGAGUCUCUGUAAGAGCUUGGAAGUUUUAAGUUUGUCCCACAACUACAUCUCCCACCUCCCUUCCACCUACUCAGAACUUUCCGGAUUGAGGAAACUGAAUCUGAGCAACAACUGCUUUGCUCACAUCCCCAUCUUCGUGUUUUCACUGAAGGGGUUAGAUUUCCUUCACGUGGGCUCUAACCGGCUGGAAAAUAUUGCCGAGAGCAUCCAGAGCCUGGUAAGCUUACAGAUCUUCAUCGCGGAAAACAACAAUAUCCACUCCUUUCCAAGGUCUCUCUGCUUAGUUACCACACUUGAGCUGUUGAACUUGAACAACAACGAUAUCCAGACGCUACCUGAUGAACUCUACUUGCUCAAUCGAUUGGACAGGAUCGCCUGGAAUCCCAUGGACAAAGGGCUGCAUAUUUCUCAUAACCCUCUCUCCAAGCCUCUGCCAGAUCUGGUGGAGGGGGGCCUGGAUCUUCUCUUCAGUUACCUGAAAGAUAAAAAGCACAGCUGAUUUGUCCGGUUGAAGUGUGACUGUGGAUCCCCUCAUCCACACUCCUUCCCACUGGUGCACUUUCCUGGUCUGAAAUUUCAACUUUAUUGCUUCUCAAUGUUUGCAAAUGCUUUUAUUUCAGACUUGCUGAAUAAUCACUGAAUGUGAGUGAAUUGUUCUAUGGGGAUCAUUUAUUUUAAAUCUGUGCUGGUCAUUGCUUUUGUUUCUCAUAACCGCUAAAAGCUAUUUAAAAUUCCGUCUGCAUCUACAUUUUAAAUCACCUUUGUUUUUCCUCUUAAAGAAAAACAAAGUGAAUUCUUCUUGAAAAUCAGCAAGAUGCAGUUUAUAGUCUGGAAAUCUAGAUAGAAGGGUUCUGCUCUUCAGUCUACCACUGAAAGUUAUUUGAUCCAGGAACAGUAACUUUACUCCAGGAAAAGAACAUAACAGUCUUUCGAAGGUGACCUGAGAGCUUAUACCUAUUAUCAGAAGCUGCAGCAUCCAUCCAGUUUUUAGCUUGUCUUGGUGCCUUUCAAAAAUAGGGCACCAUGCUUUCUUUUAUUAAUGUUUGGUAUUAAGCAACAUCAUAAAAAUAAUAGCAUGUUGCCAGAUGGGCUUUAGAUAUUGAUCCUCUGUGACUGUUCUUCAUGAAAGAGUUCUAUCGAUAAAGAGACAGUACAAAGGCAAGGCUGGUUCAUGUAUCUAGUUAUUCAAAACACAAAUGAGGAGGGGAUCUGAAAAAUAACCUUCAGAUAGGCUCAUCUGUGCUAUCAAACCUUACAAUUCACUGACUGGCUGGGAAAUUUUGCUCACUUAUCAUCUGUAGUUAUAAUUCUGCAAGCAAUCAAAUAACUCAUAGGUACUUGGGCUAUGCUUUCUGAAGGCAUUAGAGUUGGGAGAGAGGCAGCAUUAGUUUCCAAACCCAAGCAAGGGAAGAAGCUGAGCUAAUUGGAUACUUGACAGCUGGGGGGAGGGGAGGUUAGAUGCUCACAUUUUUGCUGGGGUAUUAGGGCUUUCAUGCCACUCAGCUCUCAGUACAGAGACAUUUGGGGGAGGAUGGGAUGCUCAGAAACACCUUUUGAAGCACUCACAGCUUACAAGCUCACAAUUAGGAAGAAAUCCUGUGCUCCUAGCAAAUGAGGAAAGCUUUGAAAAGACACAUCUGUUUGGAGAAUAAUACUGCUAGAUGAAUAAAGAGGCUGUGUAUCAGAGAGAAAAGUGCAGUCAUUACGUGACUUGUUGACUUAAUAAAUGGUUAAUGGAAAAUGUACUGCAUAGCCUGGCUUUCCUUAAUAGACUUUUUUUUUUUUUAACUUCAGUAGUAGAAGACGAGUGACUGCAGUUUUGUGCACCUGUAUUUCAGAAUAAAGUCCUGCUUGCUCUGGAAAGAGAUAAAGGAGGACACACUAUAAUUAUUUGUAGAGAUACAUUAAGCUAAUCUUUUUUUUAAAUUUUGGCAGUGGAUUAUUUCAUUUUAAAAAGCCCAUUUCGCAAGCUCCAAAUCACACGUUGAAUAUGCAUGUCAAUGUUCAUGUAUUUAAAACUGAGAAGAAAAGUAAAUGAUGGUGACAUUUGUCAUCAGGAAAUGUUCCUGUGACAUCAAUAGACAGAGGUUCUGGAACUCUGGUUAGCAUUCAAUGUGACUUAACUAGUUUGCUCUCUGCAGUAACAGCCAUGGGAAAAAGGCAGGGGACAUAAAUCGAUUCAUUGAGACUCUGGAUACAGUGACAAAUAGCAGAUGACCCAGGAAAACAACCUCAAAUAGCAAGGGAAAAGGCAGUAUUUGCAAGAGGCAGAUAAAGUUAAUGAACACACUUUUAAAUUAUUUAAUUCUACCAUCACUAUUUAAAAUUAAAGUAUCCAAGUUAGCAUUAUACACUUAGUCUACCACAAGGAAAGGUUUUUAUUUCCAAACUCUCAGAAAAUUGUUUUGAAAUAGCACAGUAACAUUGCCAGUAUAGAGAUAACCUCUUGAUUGACAGUAUUACUACUAUAAUAACAUAACUAUGAUAAAUCCCUAAUCAAAAUAAUACAGAUUUUUAAAACAUGUGAGAAAGGGUUGGGAAAAUGACAUUGCAAGAUAAAAUUAAGUUUUGUUAACAAUUUCAGGAAUGAGUAAGAACAGAUUAGGGAAAAGGGAAGAAUAUAUGUGUUUCCUUUAAUUUUUUGUGUGUAAUAUGAUGAAUCUAAAGGGUUAAUAGUAUUUUUUUUUAAAAAGGGAACAGACAGGAAUCACAAUGAAUUUGUGAAUUUAUGUGACAUUAGAGAAAUACAAAGAUUAUUGCGCAAAGUUCCCUAUGUUGAUUUUUUUAUUGUUGUGAGACCUCACUCAUAAGGAGAAAGUCUGUUUCUGGCUACUUCUAAAAUGCAAGUUUCCUCAUUUCAUUCAGUAUCUCUCCUUGCUUCCUUCCAUCUCUUCCCACCUUUCCAGUCUUUUUACACAUUCUUCCUUCUGAGUAUUCUACAAUACAAAUUCACUGGCUCACUACUUUUCCUCAAGCAGGACUGUAUCUCCUGACCUCCUGACUCCAUACUUUUCUAUCGACUAUCUCCAUGCCUGGAAUUUUCUGUCCUAUCACCAGAACCUUCCCUCACUUCCCUGAAGAGUCAACUCAAAUCCCACCUUUCCCUGAAACCUCCCUCCCCACCAAUUGCUAGUGCCUUCCUUCUGAUAUUACUUUCAAUUUACUCUCUAUAUAUCUUGUAUAUGCUUAAUUAUAUACUAUCACCCCUAUUAGACUGUGAGCCUCUUGAGUACACAGACCAAAUUUUGCCUUUCUUUGUAUCCCUGAAUUUAGCACAGUGCCUGGCAUAUAGGAAAUGCUUAAGUAAUUCUUCUUAAAUGACUUCUCAACCAAUUACAAUGCUUCAGUUCUCUGUUAUCAUUUAGCACUCAACCAGGUAGGGACCAAGUCACAUGUGGAAAUAGAACUCUGUCUCAACUUUUUUUCCAAUCUCAUUAUUAAUAACAAAUAUGGGGGCAGCUAGGUGGUGCAGUGGAUAAAGCACCAGCUCUGGAUUCAGGAGGACCUGAGUUCAAAUCUAGCCUCAGACACUUGACACUUACUAGCUGUGUGACCUUGGGCAAGUCACUUAAUCCUCAUUGCCCCGCCAAAAAAAAAAUAACAUAUAUGUAACCCCACUCCCAAAGUUCAUUGGUUUGGGACUUUUCUCAUUAAUGAAAAUGAAUGCUCUGCUCCUGAUGAGGGGAAAGUUGGUGAGAGUGGGAAAUUGUAGGAGUCUAGUUUAAAUGAUCUCUGUGCCUUUUGGCUUAUAUGGUAAGGAGGUUACCCCCAGGAGUUCAAGGAUGCCUCCAUUAUCCAUCUCCAUAAAGAUAAAGGAAAUAGAUUGUCCUGUGACAAUCAUGGGGGCAUCUUUCUCUUAGUUAUUGCUGACAAGAUUCUUGCCAGAGUCCUCCUUAAUAGGCUGAUACUUCACCUAGAAGAUGGUCACCCACCUGAGAGCCAGUGUGGCUGCAGAAAGGGUCGAGGAAUGGUUGAUAUAGUAUUGGUUGCCUGACAACUCCAGGAGAAAUGCUAGGAGCAGAACAGAUGUCUGUACACAGUCUGUAUACAACAUUCAUAGACCAGACCAAGGCCUUUGAUACUGUCAGUCAUGAGGCCUUAUGGAAAAUUAUGGCAAAAUUUGGUUGCUCAUAAAAGUUCAUUUGUAUUGUAUGUCCAUUUACAACAGCAUGUUUGCCCAGGUUCUGAAUAAUGGAUAAUGCUUUUGCAUUUUCCUAGUCACCACUGGAGUGAAACAGGGCUGUGUGCUUGCUCCCAUGCUUUUUAGCAUGAUGUUUUCAGCCAUGUUGUCAAAAGCCUUCAAUGAGGACAAACACAGCAUCAAGGUCAGCCACUGCACUGAUGGUAAAUUCUUUAAGAAAGGGCUACAAGCCAAGAUGAAGGUGGAGGGAGUGUUUGUGCAUGUUGUUGUUUUUGUUGUUUUCCAGAUGAUUGUGCACUUAAUGCAGCCUCUGAAGCUGAGAUGCAAUAAAGUAUGGGCCAAUUCUCUGCUGCUUGUGAUAAUUUUGGCCUAACAAUUAAUACCAAGAAAACGCAGUGUUCCAUCAAGCAACAUCACACCAUCCAUAUGUGGAACCAUCAGUUAAAGCAAACAGAGAAGUUUUGAAUACUGUGGGUAAAUUCACUUACCUCGGCAAUAUACUUUCCAGGGAUAUACAUGUUGAUAAUGAGGAUGAUGUACACAUUGCCAGACCUAACUCAGCAUUUGGGAGGUUCCAAAGAAAAGUGUGGGAGAGAAGAGUUAUUAGACUGCCUACCAAACUGAAGGUCUACAGAGCCAUUGUGCUGACCUCAUUGUUGUAUGCCUGUGAAACCUGUACAGUCUACCAGCUCCAUGUCAGGAAAUUGAAUCACUUCCAUUUGAAUUAUCUUAGGAAGAUUCUGAAAAUUAUCUCUCUCAAGAUAAACUGCAAAGCAUUCAGACUUUACUGCAGAGAGUGCAACUCUGAUAGGCUAGCCAUGUUGUUUGACUGCCAAAUGCACAUUUGCCUGAAAGACUAUUUUAUGGAGAACUCACAGAAGGCAAGUGCUCACAUGGUGGUCAGAAAAAGCAAUAUAUGGAUACUCUUAAGGUCUCUCUGAAUAACUUUGUAAUUGAUUGCAUGACAUGGGAAACAGUGGCACAGGACUACCCAGCAUGGUGUGCCCUCAUCAGAGGAGGUGCUGUGCUCCAUGAGCAAAGCAGAACUGAAGUAACUCAAAAGAAACAUGAGAAGCACAAAUUUAGAGAAUCCAACCCAAAUGUUCACAUGGACUAUUUUUGCCUGACCUGUGGUUGAGCAUUCUGAGUUCACAUUGAUCUGAACAGCCAUGGUAGGGCACACUGUAACUUGACUCUAACAUAGUGAUGUCAUUUUGGUCCUCUUUGAGAAUGAAGGACAACAACCAACUCCAAUUACUUGGACGGGUUAUACGAUAGAUUGCUACUCCCCACCUCCUACUCCAGCAAAUGCUCUUAGGAUUUACUCCUGAUGGUAUAAUUCCUAAUUAUGUUAGGAACCUUUCAUUUUUGAGAUGCCUUUUACUUUAAAAAUCCUUUUGAUGGGGGCAGCUAGGUGGCGCAGUGGAUAGAACAUCAGUUCUAGAUUCAGGAGGACCUGAGUUCAAAUCUGGCCUCAGACACUAGCUGUGUGACCCUGGGCAAGUCACUUAACCCCAAUUGCCCCGCAAAAAAAAAAGUCCUUUUGAUUCUAAACUCUUAUAUUUCUUAGUUCCCACCUUACAAAAUGGAUUUCUACAGUUAUGGUCACAAAGCUUGUCUAAGAGAAGGAAAAACAGUAGUAUAUGGAUGGGAAGUUGUGUUUGGGUGUUAAUGUUUGCUUCUUUUCAUUGGGAAAAAUACAAUUUUAUUUUGUUUUUGAAAAUAAAAAUAUUAAUUUUAUUUAAUUUAUGGAAUAAAACAAUUAUUUCUAUAACCUAGUUAAAUUUUUAAAAA